AUGCCACAAAAAAAUAUGAAUGGUAUAAUUUUUAUUUUAUUACUAAUUUUUGCUAUAAAUGGUAAUAUUUUAUCAUUUGAGUAUGAUGUUGAAUCACAACAUAAUCAACGAUUUUUAGAUGAUACCUAUAAACCACCACAUAUGAAAGAAAAUAUUUUUAGAAAUGAAUUAUUUUUACAAAAUAUUGAAAAAAAUAUUCCAGAUGUAAUACCAACUUAUACAAGAAAAGUUUUACAACCACCACCAUUAAAAAGAUCAAUUUGGAGAUUUAGAAAAUCAUUAAUCAUACCAAAAGACAAUGAUGAUAUUUUUUAUUAUUGA